GCAAAUAUAGGCAAACAAGCCUCCAUCGGGAAUGAAAAUGAGGCAUUGCGCCAUUUUCUGAUUCUGGUAAAAGUACUGGAACGCUGCCGCUCCUUAAAUGAUUGUGAGAUUGUUAUUUAUCCUGAACGUUGUGUCUGUCUGUCCUCUAAAAAGCCUCUGGUGCAGAGAAAACGUGAAGAAGAAAAUAUAAACAUUGAACAAACACG